AUGAAGGUGCGUUUAUGUGACCUAACGAUAUCGGCUGACGCAAGCAUCGGUCUUGAAGGAUUGACUUCUUCUCUUCGUCGGUAUUUUUUUCACAGAUCCAUGAUUGCUACUAUCAACAAGGAGACGAUAAGCGCCGCCUACAAGGAAGUUCGCGAUGAUAGCAUGGAUACGACAUGGAUAUGUGUCGGUGAUCGGGACGGAGAGUUGACAGUAAUAGCGAAGGGUACAUCUUUCGGCGAGAUCCACACAUUCCUGGACCCAAGCACUCGAGCCUUUUUCUUCGUACGGCUAACAGUAGGAGACGAGAUGAGCAAACGUGCUAAAUUCGGUCUCAUUACGUGGAUCGGCAACGACUGCAAACCUAUCCGAAAGGGUCUAGUAGCCUCUGAAAAAUCCCGAAUCAAGGAGUGUAUUCAGAGCUUCGCGGUAGAUCUCACCUACAGUGAGGUGUCCGAGUGCAGACAAGAGGCUGUGGAGGAGGCGAUGAGGAAAGCAGGUGGUGCUAAUUACGGUCGCGGUUAA